UCCAUAGGCGAUGCCAUACUGAGACCUCAUCAUUAGUCACCAUCAGUUUGACUGACAUCACCAUGGCGACCAGGACGGCAGAGGUCCAGCGGAGGAUCGUGUCCAAAGACGGCCACAACAACGUGCGCGUCGACAACGUGGAGGGCAUGGUGAAGCUGUACCUGCACGACAUCUGGACCACGGUGGUGGACAUGAAGUGGCGCUACAAACUCACUCUGUUCGCCUCCACCUUCGUCUUGACCUGGUUCAUCUUCGGGGUCAUUUUCUACUUCAUCGGCAUGGUCAACGGGGACUUUGAUCCCAACUUGAGCGCCAACCGCACGGCCUGCGUGGAGAAAGUGAAGACCCUCACCGGAGCCUUCCUGUUCUCCCUGGAGUCGCAGACCACCAUCGGUAACGGUUUCCGGUACAUCACAGAAGAGUGUCCGCUGGCCAUCUUCACGCUCGUGGCUCAGCUCGUCAUCACCGGCCUGGCUGAGAUCUUCGUCACCGGGCCUUUCUCGCCCAAACUGGCCCCGCCCAAAAGAAAAGAGCGUAGGACCAUCAAGUUCAGUAAGUCUGCGGUGAUCUGCCGCGCGCCGGGAAAGUGUGGUCUGAUGGUGAGGGUGGCCAACAUGAGGAAGAGUCUUCUGAUCCAGUGCCAGCUGACGGGGAAAUUCCUCCAGUCCAACGUCACGGAGGAAGGUGAGACGCAGAUCCACCAGAGCUCUGUGGACUUCUUCAUGGACUCCAGUGGAGAGUGCCCCUUCCUGAUCCUCCCGCUCACCUUCUACCACGUCCUGGACGCGCACAGUCCUCUCACAGGCCUCAACGCAGAGAACCUGCAGACCCGAGACUUCGAGCUGCUCGUGAUGAACGCCACCAUGGAGUCCACCGCCGCCACGUGCCAGAGCCGCACCUCUUACGUCCCGCAGGAGAUCCUCUGGGGGUACGAGUUCAAGCCGGUGUUGUUCAGCACCACGGGGGGCCGAUACGUGGCAGAUUUCAACUUCUUCGACAAGGUGCAAGUCACCAACGAUGCGGUUUUCCUGAACAACACGGAGAAGCUCAAACUGGAGGAGGACUACAAGACAGAAUAGAGGACGUGUUGUUUUUUACACCGUUUGAUGUAAUGGUGAAAGUUAGUUUGGGCUUGAUCAGUUGAACUUAGUUUUGAUUUUUUCAACGUUUUAGACAUUUACAUAAACAGUAGAAUACUCAUUACCUUCCACCAACCCAACCAUCUUGGCAUUACAUUGAGAAUAACAGAUUGCUGCAGGAAUGAGUCCUCAAAUCUUGGAAUGAGUCGCAUUUUUCGACGUCUUGGUUACCUUUCUCAAAGUUGAUGGGUUUUCUGAAUUAGUUUUUUAGAUACAGGACAUUUACCCCUGCGGUUAACACGAGCUUCAGAGACUUUCCAACAAUCAAAACAAUCCUUGGCUCUACUUAGAGAAUAUUACUCUACUGCAGAAACUUUUCCUAAAAACUGAAAAAGAGCUCACAUUUUGUGCUUCAAGUUUCACCAUCUCAAGGCCGAUAUUUUUACCGAAGAUGUUCUCCCUGGCAACUUGCAACACAUUAGAUUACAUCCACCUUUAUUGUGAUUGCACAGAGUACAAGUGCUAACCAGAGGUAUACACACAGAAAAAGAAAAAAGAGUUGUAGUAUAAUAUAAAUAUAUAUAUACUGUGACAGGUAUAAACAGAGCUGAAUGUAUUUACACUAUGAACAUGAUAAAGGUGGACAUUAUUAAACAGCAGUUUAGAAAUUGGAGACACUAUAAAUCAGGUAUAAAAAUAUACAGUUUAAUACAGACACUAUCCACAGAAUAAAUACAGAUCGUUAUUGACGUCGACACAUCAGAAUGAGGCUCACAUAAACACACCAGGGUUCUUUAUAUGACUUUGGGAAUAGCAAACAAGCGGUAAGAAAUCCAACUGUUCAAGACAUGAUUCAUGUGAAGAUGUAAAAUGUAUUUGUUGUGUUUUAAGUAUGAGAAGAUAGCUGAACAUGGAAGAGUGAAAUUAUGUUUAUAAAAGGUUUAUGAUGUAGAUGUUUUGUAAAUAAAGAAAAGUAAAAAUAUA